AUGGCUGCCGUGGAGGACCCCACGGAAGGACCCCCCGUGAUCUGGUACAGCCCGCCCGACGUCGGGAACGCCGACGCGAUCUCUGCCAUCGACAGCGCCACGCACAUGAUGCCCGCCAUGGCCACAAGGUACACCCACGUAAUGCCUGCCGCCCCCGUGUACGCCAUCGAGUACCACAGCGUGCCCGCCACGGACGGCAGCAGCCCCAGCGUGGAAAACGCCACGGCAAACGUCGUCAGCAUCGAGAGCCCUCUCUUGAGCUCCUGUUUGUACCCAAGAGCAAGAAUAACCGCCUCGUCGUGGUCAACAGCAUGGUCCAGGUGGAGUUUCGAGUGCGAAAUCACCGACUGGACCCGCACCUCGUCAACAGAUAGAUCCAAAGACAUAUGGCGAGAGAAAGCGAGAACAGGACUAAAAAGAUUUUUCACAGAUGAGCCGCACCGUUCUCGCACGGCAGCCUGA